AGAAAGGACCUGCGAUUCCGCUGAGAAUCACAGUCGCGCUUAUUUAGUGUGAUAAGGCGGAUAUACAGCGAGCUCCGACAUAAGCGGCGUGCGGGAAGGUUGCACGCUGUCUACUUCUGCCCGGCACAUUGCAGCAGACGCACGCACACACACGUAUGCGCACUGCCUGCCACUUGCAAGACGUAAAGAGGAAAGGGAAAUGAAAAAUUGGAAUAAUCGGGCUACCCGUGUGUACUGGAAGUAAUGCACUUUGCACAGUGAGUCUCAAGAUCCGGAUGCUGGCUGACACUUCGCUUCGUUCGACUAUUCACUUUUGCGUUUCAGACCUCUUCUUUCUUGUUUAUGGUGCAGCGUGGGUCUGAUCUCUAUGACUGACACUGACAUCCACCCUUGUCCCCGCUUGCAUACGCUCUGAGAAAACAAGACGACACGGUGAAAGUUAAUGAGUUCCCCCAGCCUCAGCGACUUGGGCAAGAGUGAGAAGGCAGCGUUGGAUGAAAGGGGGACACAGCAAAGGCGUGCUGGGGCCAACGCCACCUGGAACAGUUACAAAUUUUCUGAUUCUCUUGUAAUAACUAUUGAAAGUAUCCACAAUGGUGUAAUAUCUGUGUUCCAGCGUAAAGGACUACAAGACAAUGAACUCUACAAUCUUAAUGAGGGAGUAAGGAGAUUGUUGAAAACUGAACUAGGAUCAUUUUUUACAGAGUAUCUCCAAAACCAGCUGCUUACAAAAGGCAUGGUGAUACUAAGAGACAAAAUAAAAAUCUAUGAAGGUCAGAAGCUCCUGGACUCUUUAUCAGAAACAUGGGACUUUUUCUUUAGUGACGUCCUGCCAAUGCUUCAGGCAAUAUUCUAUCCUGUGCAGGGAAAAGAUCCCUCAGUUCGGCAGCUAUCAUUGUUGCACUUCAGGAAUAUAAUUGCUCUCAACGUCAAACUGGAUGAUGCCAUUUCACGGCCACGUGCUCGAAUCCCACCUUCCAUUAUUCAAAUGCUUCUCAUUUUACAGGGGGUCCAUGAGUGUAAAGGAGUGACUGAGGACUAUUUGAAACUAGAGUCUCUCAUCCAGAAGGUUGUGUCUCCAUAUCUUGGAACCUACGGCAUGCUGUCUGAAGAUGGCACUGUUUCACACUGCUGUUGCAUUCUGGAGAACCGCCUGCUUCGACACUGCUCAAAGUCUGGUGAUGUAAUAGGGAAAAAUCCUGUGGUGCGCUCAAAAAGCUACAACAACCCUUUGCUAACUCCAGUAGCAGAAUAUGAGUCUGAGAUUGGAUCUCUCAAUGGCACUGCAAGCAUUCGAAGACACUCUGUUUCAGAGAUCACCUCCUGUUUAGGACUACAAGGCUACUCUAACCUCACCACUAUCACCGAUGUUGGAUCCAAGAGCUCUAUGUCAAAAGCCAGCUCAUCAGGAGAGGAAGAUCCGUCCUCCAUAUUGAGAACAGCCUCCUCAAACAGUCAACAGCAAGGGAUUUUUGAUGAUUUCAGCGUAUCCAAAAACUCUUUGCAAACUCUUUCACAGUCCUCCAGUCCAGAAACUAUGGUGGACCAGAUUUUAGAAUCGGUAGACUCAGACUCGGAAGGGAUUUUUAUUGACUUCACACGUCAUUGUUCAGAUUCUCCGGAGUACAGCAGGGAGCCUAACAGGCAGAAUGUGAUGUGACUUGUGUUGUUUUUUACGAAAGAAAAAGACAGAAGAACAGUGUGGCUGUGUGACAAUCACCACAAAUCUUUUAUGAAUUAAAUCAAUCAUGGAAAUGCUGAAAUAAAUUUCAUUUAUGUCCUUUGA